UUUGUCAGUAUACGCAAGACGCACACCGAGACAGCAUCGAACUUGGAUAUUAUAGCAAUUUUAUACAGAAAUAAACAAUCGUAAUACUGAGACAACCAGAAAUCAUAGUACUUUUGGGAUACAAGGAACUGUAAACGACGUGACAGCGAUAUUAUUUUUGUUAAUGGCAACAGCUGUCAAUGCUAAAGUCGUGUUGACUGGUCUAUUUACCUUGCUGGCAAUCAUACACACAGUGAGCGGAGGUGAAUAUUGCUGCGCAUAUUUCACUCCAUAUGGCACUUACAGAAAGUCGUUCUACUGUCCCAAGUACUGCUGCGGGACAACGGAGUAUAAAUAUCAGCCCAAGUUUUGCUGUGCCGAGGCCGAUCGGAGAUACUAUCCGAGCUACAGUUCCAGGGUCGCUUGCCCCACCCCAAUCCCACCGACUAGAGGUUCCGAAGUGGUAUGGGGUUUUAAAGUAGAUCCAGGAGAAUAUUGCUGCGCAUAUUUUACAUCAUCUGGCAGUUACAGAAACCCGUUCUUCUGUCCCAAUUACUGCUGCGGGACAUCUACCAGAAAAUACUGCUGCCCUUCGCUCAAAGAUAGAUACAACCGAAGUUAUCAUUAUCUUUCUUCGUGCCCCACCACCUCGAAGAAUCGGAGUAGCUGGAGUAGCUGGAGUGGCUGGAGUUCGAAUACUCGUUCAUCAGGGUUCUUAACUGUUGGCGGAACAGUAAUUGGCAUUGUGGCCGGUUUGGUCGUCCUGUGGCUCGUCAUAGGAGGUAUCAUAUGGUGUAAGAAAAAGCGAGGAACAGUGACCAAGCCCCCAGAAAAUUACACAGUAAUGUUGAACACGACCUCGACAACGCAAGGGUACCCAGACAUGUAUGCCCCUCCACCAAAUACAGCGUGUAAGCCAGAGACACCUCAACCAGCGAACGUCGCCUAUAGCUCAAAAACACAGACAACAGAUACCGCCCGUUAUGAAGACCCUCCUCCCCCAUAUCCGGGCACGGACGCUGAAUACCCACUUCCAACGAAAAUGUAG